AUGGGUAAAGUUAUGUCCAUUGUCUCGAGACAAAUAAAUCGUUUCAAUGUUGAAAAUCGGGCACAUCGUGUAUUGGAAAGAGACAAGCCAGUGCCGGCACCAAAAUAUGAAUCGAAUAUAAGGGAUAUGGAACGGACAAUGGAGUUGGAUCCCAAAUUCUUGGAAAGGCUAAAUAAAAAGGACGAGGCAUUGGAUCAGCGUUUGAAAAGUGUUUAUGUAACAUCCGAGGAUAAAUUUAUAGAUUAUGGUAUAAAACGUAAGGAAGCCGGUGAUGACAAAUCCCUACCUUUAGAUCGCCGUACCCCCGAAGAUUUUGAAUUUGGUUAUAAGGAACCACAUAGAGUGGCUCCGGGACGUUGUACCUUACGACAGGCCUUGAAAUUCAUUACCGAUCAUCAGGCUGAACCGGAGAAAUGGACAGCGGCAAAAAUUGCCGAUGAAUAUAAACUGAAGCCAGAAUUAACAGAAAACAUACUCAAAUACUUUAGAAGCUAUAGCAUCUAUAUACCUGAUAUCAAGCAAAAAGAAUCAAUAUUAACUCAAACCAAACGAAAGCUAUUAUCCGAUUCAUCGAAUAAAAUUAAAGAUGAGUAA